AUGUCCGGGGUGCACAUGUGGGCCCCAAUGUUUCUGUUCCUGUGGCAGCUGGUAUGGCUGCAGGUCCAGGCAGCUCCAAUUCCGGAGUUGUCAAUGGACUCAAUCAUGCUGACCUCCAUCCCCCUGGGGACCUCCAAGCCCUGGUCUUGGGAUCAGCAAAAUCUUGCAGAGGACUUACCUCCAAACCCUCAGGAGACUUCAGAUCAGCUUCCACUCCAACAAGAAGCAUCAAUUAAGUCUAAGGUGUCCUAUGAGCCGUUGAAGUUUUUGUUAGCCCAUCAACGAGAACUUCAACGAGUCUUGCCCAUUGGGGUUAAAGAUGUGGACCUGGGGGUUUUGAUAACUUCUGAGCCUCCUAAGAAGAUUGCACCAUCUCCUACUAGGAAAGAGUCAACUCAUCAUGCUACAUCACCUCAGGAGUCCCCAGCUAUGUCUACUUCAGAGGCUGGUGCUAUGGGCCUGCAGGCAACAGCAAUUCCUCCAAAGAACCCUGAGGUGGCAUUUCCACCUCAAGAAUCUGUUCAGGCUCAGUGGCCCACCAUUCCACCUGUGGACCUUGGACUCACCAUCACUCCUGAACAUACAUUGGGGGCUGCUGAUACAUCUCUGAAGCAGCCUGCAGUUCAUCCACUAAACCCUGCAAUGACAUUUUCCCUUUCAGAGCCUGUUCAGGCUCAGCAGCCAACAUCUCCACCAUUGGAACUGGAAGUCCCCAUCAUUCCAGAACCUACAUUGGAAGCUGAUGUUACAGCCCUGCAGCCAAUUGAAGCUCCUCCAAAGCACCCUGAGGUGGCAUUUCCACCUCAAGAGCCUGUUCAGGCUCAGCAACCAACCUCUCCACCAUUGGAACUGGGAGUCCCCAUCAAUAUAGAACCUAAUUCUGAGGCUGGUGCUACAGUCCUGCAGCCAACUGCAUCUCCUCCAAAGUACCCUGAGGUGCCACAUCCACCACCAGAGACUAUGCAGGCUCAACAACCAACAUUUCCACCUUUGGACCUGGAGCUCACCAUCACUCCAGAAACAACUUUGGAGGCUGAUGCUACAGCCCUGCAGCAGAAUGAAGCUCCUCCACUGCACCCUGAAGUGACACUUCAACAUCCACAACUUGUUCAGGUUCAGCAGGCAACAUUUUCUGAAGUCAAGGCCACAGUUGUAUCAUUUGACCUUGAAGCUACAAUAACUCUGGAACCAGAGUCAUCAGAGUCAGUUCCUCCAAUGACUCAACAGGUUGCCACAAUGAACAUAUGUGAGCUCUGUUCCUGCAAUAAUGGGACACUGUCUUGUGUUGGUUUUGGCUCAAACAAGAGACUCCAAAGAGUGCCAGAGCCCAGCACCUACAAUGGCUCUUUCAAAGUUUUGUAA